UUUGAAACAUUCAACCCCGUCGUAUAAAUUUGUCACCCAGUUCUGGGAAAAAACAAUCCCAUUUUCGCGUUGUUGUGUUGUUGCGUGUGAUCGUAAAGUGGUAAAAUGGAAAAGGAACAAAAUUGCGAGCCCCCGGAAGAGAAAGAACCAGAGGAUUGUGCUUCGGUUCUGGCGAAGAAGCACGAUCUGAGCCUCAACCUCGAGAUGCCUUUGAAAGGAGCUGCUGGAGGACUUUUUGCCGAUCAAACACCAACCCCAACCCGCCUGAUUGGCAAAUGCGAGGAGGUUGGGCUGUUCGAGGAUCUGCAGAAAGUGAACCCCUUCGAUGAAACGUUCCGACGGGCCGUCGAAUCGCGUACCUCUGUUACUCCGUCCGAAGAGUUGGUGCCCACGGUUAGCGCUCUCGCUGUACCCAAUCGCAUCGCGGAAGGGGAAACCCUCCACACACCCCACAUUUUUCCCAGCAACAUCGACCGAACGGAACACUCCUUAAGCAAUAACAAUGGACAAGCUGAUGGGCUGCAGGCUGGAACUGCUGUAAAGGCACAAAGAUCCAAGAGUAAGCUUAGCCCAUCGUCACGCUCAAAACUUCCGGCGGAUGGGAGGCGUUUGCCAACGAAGAGCACUCCAGUGAAACGAAAAGCUCCCGCGCUGGUAGACAUUCUGCCGAAACCAUCUCCUUCGACACAAGUAGCACCAGUCGCGUGUGAGACGACGAUUCCAGUCAUCAUCAUUCCAUCCACAACUGCCGCAGCCGAGCAGAAUACACCAGUUUGCAGCGUUCCCCUGGCCGACAUAAGUCCACUACAGGUCAAAGAGAAGCUGAAAGAACACCUGAAGAAACCUCGUAACAAGGGGCCUACAGCACGCCCAGCAGAUAAGCGGUCAGAGGGCGGAACGAAACGAACCAGUAGUGACCGGCAAGCCGUCGGUAUUUCGGCUCCAAAAGCCUCAAAGGAAGAGUUUCUCGAACCUACGGAUUCCAAACCGGAUGUUCUCAAGCAAGAACGGUGGAAGGCAGCUGCCAAACGUUAUCGCAUUCGACGAAAGGAAGACCAAGAUAAACUGCAGCAGCGUAGUAUGGAGCUGGAACAGGAAAACAUUCGCCUUCGUACGGAACUGACCAAACUGCGGCACGCGCACCGUCACUGUUCCGUAACGCAGCAAAUGAAUCUUGCCGCUACGCUCGCACAGAGUAGCGCCGGUGGCGGACCGGCAAUUUUGAACGCAACGGGUCCCAAUCAGCAACCUUUCAUUUUAACUUCACCACAGCAACGCCUUAUCACAUCGCACAUUGUUAACAGCCACACGAUGAACACUAAACCAAUCCUAAUCGUCAUUGGGGCGGGUGCCGCGUCUGCCGAACAAGACGGAACAUUACCUUCUUAGCAAUACCCCGGUGCCGACUGGAUUCGUCUGCGAUAUCACUAUCAUUUUAGUAGCUAGUGCUUUGAGUUAAGAGAGAAAGAGUUCGAUAUUAGAUCGAAUUAAAAUAUAUUAAUACAAAAUGUUA